AUGUUGCGACUAGCCUUGAAACCACGCUUCUUGGGCGAGAUUCCGCGAUACCAACGUUUGGCGGUUUCGAUCCGCCACAAGAGCACCUCUGAGCCCAACUCUGCCUAUAGAGUCAACGAUAAUUCUCAUCAUCCGGAGGAUUCUGCGGAUGCUAAUGCAACUAUCCUGACCGAGGCAAUUGAUUUCCACAAACGUAUUAUGGACAGCAAGGACCGUGCGACCUGGUGGGAACUAUUGAAAAAGCAAAAGGAGCGGGCUCAAGAGGGCAAGGAUAUCGAUUCCUUCACCUUAGAAGACGUCAAAACCACAGAGGUGUUUGAGAGAACAAGAGCCGAUGGGUUUUCGUACCUUCUGCUACCAUUCAAACAGGAUCCUUUCCUCAUGGACAACUACGUCAAUGUUGCAGGAAGGUUGAGGUUUGGAAACUUGUUUCAGGACUGCGACUCGCUGGCAGGCCGAGUUGCUGCCAGGCAUUGCAAGCCGGCCGAGCCUAUGAACGUGACAGCGUCGAUUGACAGAAUCUACGUCACGAGGAGAAUCGACGAAAUUCACAAGUACAACUUCGUCAUUGUCGGAUACGUAACCUACACGGGACGGUCUUCCAUGGAGAUUUGCAUUAAAGGUUUCUCAUUCGAGCACGACAUCCCCUCGGAAAUCGCCCCAGAUUUUGUCGAGCAAUACAAGAACGACUGCUUCCUUUCUGCUAACUUUACAUUCGUUGCCAGAAACCCGGCUACACACAAGUCUCAUGCUGUCAACAAACUGCUUCCUGCCACAGAGAAAGAGUGGGUCGACUUCAAGCGUGCAGAGAGCAGAAUCGCUGCCAAGAAACUACGUGCUAAACUGGAGUCGCUUGAAAACGUGCCCCCAACAGAGCAAGAAUCCAAAAUGAUCCAUAAUUUAUACACGUCCUCGAAAAAGUUUGCCCAACAGGGCAAGCCAAGCAACAUCGUGUUCAUGAAGGAUACACGGCUUUCUUCCUCGCAGAUCCAGCAACCGCAGUACAGAAACCGUCACGGUGUGAUUUUCGGAGGCUACUUGCUCAGACAGACUUUUGAGCUUGCUUACUGUGCUGCCGGUGCUUUCUCCAAGUCCAAUGCACGGUUCAUAUCUUUGGACAACACCACCUUCAAAGUUCCCGUCCCCGUUGGCUCUGUGUUGUACAUGGAUGCCGAGGUCUGCUACACGGAGCACAUACACGAGAAAGACGAGUCUUCCGAGUCGGCCAAGCGGAUGAGACAGGUUUUGAAGGAUUACGACACCAGUGCCAACGAAUUGAGUUCGGAUGAGCAGGAGUACUUUUUUGUGCCGGGAACGUUGAUUCAGGUCAAGGUGGAGACCAAGAUCCGGAAUUUGGGUGACUCCAAGAUGACCGAGAGCGGCACCUUUGUCUACUCGUUCUAUGUUCCUCGUGAUGGUAACGGGGAGUUUGACGACCCUGGCUACUGCUCGGUGAUUCCAGAAACCUAUGGCGAGAUGAUGGACUAUGUGGAAGGCCGUCGUCGUACAUAUGACACUGCAGCAUAUGCCCAGCAGCUGAAGCUUUCCAGAGGAAACUAG